AUGCCUCAUCAUACCUCCUACUAUACCUCAUGUCGUACCUCCUUCCCAUACCUCCUCCCCUUACCUCCUCCCCGUAUCUCCUCCCCAUACCUCCUCCCCGUACCUCCUCCCCAUACCUCCUCCUCGUACCUCUUCCCCAUACCUCCUACCACACCUCCUCGCCACACCUCCUACCAUACCUCCUCGCCAUACCACUUGCCGUACCUCCUGCCAUACCUCAUGCCAUACCUCCUGCCAUACCUCCUGCCGUACCUUCUCCCCAUACCUCCUCCUGCACCCAUGCUCCUUGCCUGCCCCUCCCUUGUAUCCUGCCAGCUCACGCUCUUUCAUUUCACCACACCAUGCCCGGCAUUACAGGGUGCGGUGCACUGCCCUUCCUUGCUUGCCCCUACCCGUCGCUUCUUCCUCCCGCCUCCCCUCCAUCUUCCCAUCCUCACAUCUCCUUUCCACUUUCACCCCAGCUCCUCCAACAAAUUGGCCCGGCACUAUAGCAUGAGCCUCACCGCAUCCCUCCCUUCUCCAUCAUCCCCCCCACCCACCACCCCCCAGCUCUUUCAGCUCAUCGUGGCAGGACGCUAUGGGAUAAUGACCUCCCCGCCCUACCGACUCCCCGGGCCCCUGGGUUGCCACGGCACUGCCACCUGUUUCGACUCCCUCGGGCCCUCUUACUGGGUAGGUGGUGAGAAGAGGGACAUGGGAGUGGGGCAGUGGAUGAGGCAGCGAGGCCCACCCUUGUCUGGGCCCACCCUUGCCUGCCAUCUCCCCUCCCUCCCGUCCGCAGGCAUGAACCGGCAGGAGCAAAGCCACUCUCAUCACCGUCUCCCUCUUGAUCUCCUAAACUCUCUGCCUGCCCUAUCCUGCCUUCCAUCUUCCUCCUAG